CAGCUAUCAAUUAUCCAAGCAGCUCACGAUAAUACAAGGGAAGCUAUGUAAGGCAGGUGCUCAGAGGGACAGAGGAAGGUGGGGUUCAGGGGAUUGAAAAGAAAGGACGCUGGCUUAGUAUGAAAUCCUCUCAAUUAUUUAUUACCAAUAAUAAUUAUUAAUAACAAAGAUGUCUGCACAAUGUCAUUGUGAUGCUCCAAUUUUACCUCUCUUCCAACUGCCUGUUAUCUGCCUCAUUUGUCUUUAUUAUUUAGACGAUCCUAGUUCGUGUUUUUUCUCUUCCAUUUUGACAAUGCUUCAACCAGCAGUGUCAAGUGGAGGACUGUGUGAACUCUGCUCUUGACAGCAGCUCAGGUUCUGACACCAUCUGCCAGUUAAUCCACUUGCCAGGGAAGAGUCUGACGUAGCCUGGCCAUUUUAGGCACUGGAUUUCAGGUCUUGGCUUUUCCUGGAAGCUAUGAGUGCGGGGUGCAUGGAUUUCUUUCGUAAAAGCGGCAGGAAGCAGAGCAGGUGUAAAUUGUCCGUGUCAGGCUCCUUGGAUAGCUGGAAAGCAAUCUCCAGAUCAGGCCUCCAGCAUCUGGCUCCUGUGCACUCCCUCAGCAUCGCAAUCUCCAAUGGGCCAGGGAAGGAGCCAAGAACAACACUAGAAUGGAGUGAGAAUGCAGUGAAUGGAGAGCAUCUGUGGCUGGAGACCAAUGUCUCUGGGGACCUGUGUUACCUGGGGGAGGACAGUUGCCAAGUCAAAUUUGCAAAAUCGGCUCUCCGACGAAAGUGUGCUGCCUGCAAGAUUGUGGUCCACAAUGCAUGCAUGGAACAGUUAGAGAAGAUUAAUUUCCGGUGCAAACCAACUUUCCGAGAGGGGGGCUCCAGAUCUCCAAGAGAAAACUUUGUCCGACAUCACUGGGUGCAUAGGCGGAGGCAGGAAGGAAAGUGUAAGCAGUGUGGAAAGGGAUUUCAGCAAAAAUUCUCCUUCCACAGUAAAGAGAUUGUGGCCAUCAGUUGUUCCUGGUGCAAGCAGGCGUUUCACAACAAAGUCACCUGCUUCAUGUUACAUCACAUCGAGGAGCCGUGUUCCCUGGGGGCUCAUGCUGCUGUCAUUGUGCCUCCCACCUGGAUCAUUAAGGUGAAGAAAGCUCAGAACUCAUUAAAAACUUCAACCCGGCGGAAGAAGAGAACAUCCUUUAAAAGAAAAGCCAGCAAAAGAAGCAAUGAGGAAAACAAAGGCCGACCAUUUGUGAUAAAGCCCAUCUCUUCGCUGCUCAUGAAACCACUGCUGGUGUUUGUCAAUCCAAAAAGUGGAGGGAAUCAGGGCACUAAGGUUCUCCAGAUGUUCAUGUGGUACUUGAAUCCACGCCAAGUCUUCGAUCUCUCUCAGGAAGGGCCAAGAGAUGCACUCGAACUGUACAGAAAAGUGCCAAAUCUGCGAAUCCUGGCCUGCGGUGGGGAUGGAACGGUGGGCUGGAUCCUCUCCAUCCUGGAUGAGCUACAGCUCAGCCCCCAGCCUCCUGUUGCCGUCCUUCCCCUUGGCACUGGGAAUGACCUUGCUCGCACCCUCAACUGGGGAGGGGGUUACACGGAUGAGCCUGUCUCGAAGAUUCUCUGUCACGUAGAAGAUGGGACUAUUGUCCAGCUGGACCGCUGGAACCUCCAGGUGGAACGAAACCCCGAUUUGCCGCAGGAAGAAAUUGAGGACGGGGCACGUAAGCUUCCACUCAGUGUCUUCAAUAAUUACUUCAGCCUUGGAUUUGAUGCACAUGUCACGCUGGAAUUCCAUGAAUCCCGAGAAGCAAAUCCAGAGAAAUUCAACAGUCGCUUUCGAAAUAAAAUGUUUUAUGCUGGGGCAGCCUUUUCAGACUUCCUGCAGAGAAGUUCCAGAGAUUUAUCCAAACAUGUUAAAGUUGUGUGUGAUGGAACAGACCUGACCCCAAAGAUUCAGGAGCUGAAGUUCCAAUGUAUAGUGUUUUUAAAUAUACCCAGGUAUUGUGCUGGCACAAUGCCCUGGGGUACCCCCAGCGACCACAGAGACUUUGAACCUCAGCGCCAUGAUGAUGGUUACAUUGAGGUCAUUGGGUUCACUAUGGCCUCUCUGGCUGCUCUUCAGGUGGGAGGUCAUGGAGAAAGGUUGCAUCAGUGCCGGGAAGUGACUCUGUUAACAUACAAGUCUAUCCCCAUGCAAGUGGAUGGGGAGCCAUGUCGACUGGCUCCGUCUCUCAUUCGGAUCUCCCUAAGGAACCAGGCCAAUAUGGUGCAGAAGAGCAAGAGGAGGACAUCCAUGCCUUUACUCAAUGAUAUCCAUAAAGGGCGCACUGCAGACCUGAGAAGAGUCUCUGCUCCCCCUGACUCCUUCACUAUUCCCCACUCCAUCCCAGACCGCCUGCGGAUCCGAGUGAACAGGAUUAGUUUACAAGAUUACGAGGGGCUGCAUUAUGACAAGGAAAAACUGCGAGAAGCCUCCAUACCUCUGGGAAUUAUAGUUAUACGAGGAGAUUGUGACUUGGAGGCCUGUCGUAUGUACAUUGACCGGCUACAAGAGGACCUGCAGUCGGUAACUUCUACUACGCAGAGAGUUCACUACCAGGAUCAGGAAGGUUCCUUCCCACGAGUACUUUCUGUUCAGAGGCUCUCUCCUAGAUGGUGCUUCCUAGAUGCAACUUCUGCUGAUCGUUUUUACCGCAUUGACAGAUCUCAGGAACAUUUGCACUUUGUGACGGAAAUUUCUCAGGACGAGAUUUUUAUCCUGGACCCAGAGCUGGUGAUAUCACAGCAGGUGGGGACGCCGCCGGGAAUGCCGGAUCUGGUAGUGGAGCAGGCCUCUGGAAUAUCGGAUCGGUGGAACCCUGCAGUCCGAAAGCGGAUGCUGAGUGACAGUGGCCUUGGCAAGAUUUCCCCGCACUACGAGGUACCUGACAAACAAAAGGACGCCAGCCAGACACACAUGCUGCAGCCACCCGUCUCUUCAGAAGAUCAAGCACUUUUACAAGCAGUAAUAGACGGUGAUCUUCUAAAGUUCAUAGAAUGCUGUAAGAGAGGAGCUAAUCUGUUAAUCCAGGGACCUGACCACUGUUCCUUGCUUCACCAUGCUGCCAAGACUGGGCACCUUGAAAUUGUGAAAUACAUUUUAGAACAUGGUCCAUCGGAGUUACUGGAUAUGACAGACAGUGAAACGGGUGAGACAGCAUUGCACAAGGCGGCCUGCCAGCGCCAUCGUGGCAUCUGCCAGCUCUUGGUGGAUGCGGGAGCAUCUCUAAGAAAUACAGAUUCCAAGGGUCAGACACCUAGAGACAAGGCUCAGCAAGCUGGGGACUCAGAUCUGGCCUCCUACCUGGAAAGUCGUCAGAAUUACCAGAUGGUUUCCCAUGAGGACCUGGAGACUGCAGUUUGAUGUCCGUGAAGGGGAAGAGAACCCUAGGAAAUAACAAGGCUGCACCUGAGACACUCAGGCAUUGUAUGAGGAAGAAGCUGAUGGAAUCAACGUGUCUCUCGCUCUCAUGCAAAAUAUCUGAGGACAUGCCACCAGUUUCUAAGGGCUAAUGAGUCUUGCCACAGAACUGUUGUGUUCCCAUGUGAUGGCCCAUUGGGGAUGAGGUGAAACACUCAAAGGUCUGUGGAAUCCAUGGACCAUGGAAAUUUACCCUUACUGCUUCCAGCAAGUAGCAUGAACUUCUCCCAUGUUCAUCUGUACAAUUUAUUUAAAAAAAGAAAAAGGGAGGAAAAAAACCAAACUAACUUGGACAUUAAUAAACCCAACCAACCCCUUCCUCCAUUCCUACAGUGCCCUACAUUCCUUCCUCUCCCAUCCUACUCAUUUGUCACCAAUUAAAUAAUAUCUGUUAUCUCUGUAUUAAUUCUUCACAAAUGGACAGGUGAUAGGCAAGACUUUGAGGAGCUCUGGAUGCCCUUAGGAAAAAAAAUGACUUUUGAACCUGUUGAGUCUUCACCUACUGUUCCCUCGGAAGUUGAAUUCUCAGUGUUUAAUUGCCAGGGAGUUUUUUUCUCUUUUUUGGAACAAAUUCUUUCUACUGCCCUGUUCUAUGGGGUGCUGGAUCCAGCUAGCUUUACAGCACUGACAAGAGCUAGCCUUCUAUCUGUCUCUGAAUAUAUCUUAAAGGUGUCCUCAUAAAAUGAUAUUUGAGUGGAAGGGAGUUGCUGUGUGACAUUUUGUGUUGUCUUCUGACAGACCACACAGUAACCAAUAAGAUGUCUCAUGUCGCCACUCUGCUGAUAAUGACAGACUGAUUCUGCUCAGGUCUGAAUCCUGCCUAUAAUUAGCCAUUUGGGGCUUCUGUCAAGUUGUGUUUUUAAGAUAGGGAGAGAUCAGAGUAUGAUGGAUGCAGUUGUGGUUGACUGACUUACUAGCGCUGCCACUUUGACUUAUUGACUCUUACAGUCAUAGAAACCAAAUGUAAAGCAUCAGCUGUCUGUCAAGGCUUGCUGAUAUUAACAAGAGGAUGAGCACCACAUUAGACAUUUUUAAAAUAAUAAAAUACAAUGCAAACAGAUGGGCAGAUUCCAAGAGGGAUUUGGAACAAAGCUUUAAAAGAGAGAGAUUAUCCUAUUCAAAAGAAGACAAAUGUCAACCAUUAGCCUCUCAUUGCACACCAUAGGGUUAAAAACAUAUUGCUUAGCUGUUGUCAGGCAUGUAGUCAUGGUUUCUUUAUUCUGCUCCUUACUUUCCUGACCCAAAGAAUACCACCAUCAAACAGAGGAAUCAUCCGCACCCCAAACAUACUCACAUAUACAUAGAGUGUUCAUGUUAAGGUUUUCUAUCACUUAUGGAAUUCAGCUGUCAGAAUUAAGGGGGCUUGCCCUUUUCCUUAGUCUGACUACCCCCAUGAGAACUGUCAAGGCUCAAUCCUGGGAUAAUAAUUCCAACACUGUUUGUAAUUGAAGAUCCAAUUCUGUCUCUUUUUUCACAUGCAUUUGCAAGGUGUAGGUUUUUGAUGGUUGGUGCUAAACAGGAUUGGUGUACAGUUUUGAACCCAGGAAAACCCAUCAGGUCAUUCUUCAGAUAAGUUUUUCUUCCUUUAAUAGCAGUUGUGGGGAUGAAAUUGAUGUGAUUCUGGUGAAUUUUUCUCUCCACUUUUUUUUUUUUAAACAAGUGAGUCUUUUGGCAGAGGAGGGGGAGCUGAAUAAUAAGCCUUUUCAUUUAUCUUGUUUUCAAAGCUCUAUUCAAUGUGAGCAAAAUAUUGUUCAGUAUUUCUUCCGCUGAAAGAAGAUUAUAUUAUAUUUGUAAUCUACAGAUCAAUGGCGACAUGAAAUGUAUUUUGUCUUAUUUUCUCUAUUCACUUUAUUUUUCUAAUUUAAAAACAAAAGAUUAAGGCUAAAUUCUUCCCUUGGUUACUCAUUCAGGGGUUUCCAUGGAGGGCCAGUGUAUACAUACAAGGACAGAAAGCAGAGUAAAAUUUCUCUGUGUGUGAAACUUCCAUACAAACAACCCUCCCCUUGUGCUGUCACUGCAGUCCUGGCAUUAUUUCCCAACUGUGAGGAAAGGCUUGCAGCUUUUUCACUUUUGGUUGUGCAUUCUGUAUGUGAGAAAUGGAGGAAGUGGGACUGGUACCUUGGGCUAAAUUCUGACCUGUGCCAAGGUACACUUGGGGCAUGGGGUCAUGAUGGUCAGUGAGGCAGUUAUAGCUCCCUGAUUCUCAAGCUUCCCUGGCCCAGGACCAGACAUCAGUUAGAGCAGCCAUUAAACUGCUCUAACUUAUGACCGCUUGUUGUGGUCCAUAGGGAACCAUACAGUGGCUGUGAAUCACUGUAGCAGGGUUGAGCUCCACCCCUCCCCAUCACCAAUUUUCCUCUUCUCCCAUGAUGUGCCCUGAGAACUGGGAAAAUGGUCGGCACAGCAGCUGGCUUUUUACAUCAGUUAAGAAUUCCCCUCUGCAGGGAGAAUUUUCAGCUUGGCAUCUGCGGCCUUGUGCCAUUCAUACAGUUUAAAGGAGCUGGAUCCCAAAUGAGAAUCUGGCCUUCUAUUUUUCCCUGCAGCUGGAAAAUGAUGCUAUGACUAGAAGGACACCAUUGUGCCUCUGGAAAGUUUUUCACUCUGAAAACUCUGUAGGAAGCAGUUACUAUAUGAUGAGAGGAAAUAAAAAAAAAAACAAAACAAAACCCAGCACUGAAAAUAGAACAGAACUUGGCAUUCACAUAGUCAAUGGUCAAGGUGUGCCAAUGCAUGUCACAAACAACAUGUUACAUCCUGGGGGAAUAUUGAUUAUGUAGCUAAACAGAGCAUAUAUUUAUUCUCUGCAAUGGCUCUCUCUCAGCCUGGGAUAUCAGAACCUGUUUCAUUGAGAGAGGGAAUGUUGGGCUAGGACCCUAGUAGGGAUUAUUCCUUUCAAAUGCCACAGGAUCCUUGAUUCUGGACAGUUAUCAGAAGCAAGCAGACUGGGCAUCAGUUUAAUAUUAUACAUGUGUAUAGAAUCUGAGGCUUUGGUGUCCAUCCUAGCACUGCAUUGCAGUCUAUGCAUUGGGCAGUGCCCAAGUUCUAGUGUGGGGCUGGAAACUCACUUAAAUUAAAUUUAAAUCACUUUAAUUUAUUAAAAUAACUUUACUGCAGGUAUUUUUUCCAUAGAGCUAUUAUUUUAGAAGUGUAAAGAAUUUAGGGAUGAUCAACCAUUGAGGCUGCUGGACUGGUAGAAUAUUAUUAGUUAAUCUGCCUUAUAGGGGUUCUUGAUGUAGAAUGUAGCAACUCCUGGAUUGUUCCAUUCUGAGUGCUGCACUGUCCCAUUUUAAAGUGAAACUGAGGGGCAGAAAAUAUUUUUAAUGUUAAUGAAAUAAACAAUUUUGUUAUUUAACAACAUUAGUUAUUUUUGUUAUUGCAUAUCUCAAUGUUCUAUAAAUAUAUAUCUCUAUAUACAUUAUGUGAUAAAACGUGACCAGGUUCUGGGUAACUAUAGCAUCCCUCAGGCAUUGUUGACCUUGUAGGAAGAAGGCGGCCAUGGCAAGCAGUAGAUUUCAAGGAAAUUACAGCUCUUGGUUAUAAAACGGAAGUUCAAUAUAAAAUACCCCUCAGCCCCCUGUAUUUAGUGGGUGUUGUACAUAUGGGUAUAGCAUCAGCAAUAGUCAGUGAAAAUGUCUCCGUAAUUGUAUGCUCACUCUGAACAAAUUUGUGAUAGCCAGGCUGAGCUUUAGGGGCCAUCUCACAGUUUGAGAUCUGUCUGUCUAGAUUCUUAUGCUGACACCCCUCACCUUUGUAUCUCCCAAAUGUGAAAACAACAACAAUGGAAUCAUUCCAUAUCAAUUCACAGUUCUGUAGCCUGGGUUUUGAACUGUUCAUGGGUAGUUCUGUAAUGCACAAAGAGGGGCCAUUAGAGCACCAGAUACAUAAAGAAAAUAGAACAAAAUAAAUGUUUUGUUGCCAUUGAUCUUCACAAUUGUAUAUGUGUAGCUGGUGCUAAUUUGGAUGAACAAGUGAGCACACAGUUUUGUGGUGGUGUGUUGCAUUUAGUUCUGGUAGGUUUGUUUGGGCUUUUAAAUCACCCCUUUUACUCACGUCUCUCUUCAACUUUGCUGUUUCAUUGUUACAGUGACAUGAAUUGUAAUGAAUAGCAUCAACACAUCAGGUCUUACAUAGAUGGUGGCUUACCAGCUGCUAUUUUCUAUUCAGCUAUCCCAGAUGCUGCACUUGGGUGCACCUACGUGUUGAUAGUUCCAAUGCAUCAAAUUCAUAGUGAGAAGAACUGGCAAAAAGUAUUAAGCGAGCAGGUAAAUUGGUAGCCUUAAGCUCCCUGGGGCUUUCACAUAUGUAAUGACAUUCAAUGAGUAUAUAGGCAUGCUGGAUAUUUGGAUGCCUUGAAGACACUUAGAGAAAUUCUGUCCAGUAGUCCUGUCCAUGCGUGGCACUGCACUGCUAAAAUGGUUCCUUGUGCUGAUUCCUCUGAAGUUCAUAAUUUUCUCUCUCCCCAUUUUUACCUCUGGUUUUGGUCAGAAUAAAGGGACAUGGCCAAGCACUUUGUAAAUUUGAUGUUUAAGGUUUUACUUUCCAUUGUCUGUAACAGCUCCCUUAGCGCUUUGAGAAUAGGAUUUCUUCCUGCAUUGUGUUUGAUCUUUCCUAUUUGUUAAAUGGUACAUUUCCCUCCUUUUUCUCUGGGAACACAAGCCAACCUGGCAAUAGGUUGUUAACUUCCUUGUUUGUCAAAAGCAUCAUCCAGGAGUGUCUUUAGUACUGCAGCAUUUCUGGGAACAGUUUGUUAGUAAAUUCAUGCCUUGCUGGCUGCCUCUGAAACAGAUCAAACAAUGUUACAGGAUUCAAACUAGUGGGUGUCUUCUCUUUUUGAUUUCUUAGUAAUAGAAUGGGCAAUUGCUUUUUAAACACAUAUUUAAAAUCUGGAGGAGCUCCCCACCACACUACAGUGGAUUUUAAAGUAGGUCCAAUAAUGUGCCAAAAAUUAUUUCACAGUGGCACAUCUAAGUCUAGACUUUUAAAUGUUAGGAAAAGCUUCUUGAGAUUCUGUGUUGUAACUCCACCAGGAAGUGCAAAUGGAAGGCUCUGCUGAGUAGGGGGAAGGAUCUUAAAGGUAGCUUUAAGCUGCUCUCCCAUGGCUUCCACAGUAAUUUAGACCAAUGACUGGCUAUUAUAAGUUACAGCACUCUUUCCCUGGUCUGUCUAUGGGCUGCUUUGUAGCCUGCAGUUGCUGAGAAUUUCUGUAGCUGCAUGAGCUAGAGGGACUCCCCUCCUGCCUCUGGCAUGCCUCCUACAUUAGGGUUUGUGAUGGGGCCUGCAGAGAGAAGCCUAUGGCUGUCCUAUGCAAUGCAUGUGUCAGAGGAAUUUUCACCCUGCUGGCUAAGGGCUGCCAUAGUGGCAGGAAAAAAUCCCUCCCUCAGGCCUGAUCCUGCCCCAGGAAAGUAAUUGCAUUUGACUUCAAUGCACACAGGAUCAAGCCUCUGAUGAUUAGGCAGACUAAGUGCUGGAUAAUCUCACUUCAUAAAGCAAUCAGGUUGCAUCUUAUAGCCAACCUUUUCUAUAAACUGAUAUAUUCCAGCCCUCGGUGAAGUCUUCAUUUCUUGCACGGUAAAAAGAGAAGAGUCUCCCACAGAGGGCACAUCUAUCGAGCUAGCAAGAGGGAGGCAAGGAGCCAGCAUACUCCUCUUCUAUAUGUGCUUUAAUAAUGCCCAUCCAGAUGCAAGAUCUGGAGUCCUUUGAGAGGUAAAGGAAGGAGUCCUUUUUAACAAGUGUUCUUUGUUUUAACAUGCACACAACAAUAGUUCAGUGAAAGAUUUGAUUUUUAGCCCACUUAAAUGUAUCCAAUUAUGGUUGGACAUCCUCCAAUCCCAGAGAAGUGUGAAGACCUGAAGGCUAGAUAUUUUUCAAAGAAAAACAGACGUGGCAGAGAUAAAAUAAUGGGAGAACAAAAAAUUCACUCUGAAAUAUUUUCUAUAGCAAUUGGUUUCCAUUUUCUUGCCAUCAUCUUACAAAGACAAGCUGAACUGGGAGCACUGUAUUACAAUUGUGUAAUUAUAAUUUAUCGAUGAUUUAGCAGCUCAAACUUUCAUAUGUACAAUAAGGAGAUGUACGUUCUAAAAUACAAGAAAUAGACACCAUUCCUUUAAGUAAUAUAUCACUAAUUAUAUAAUUAUUGUAUUAGAGCCAGAUUCUGUUAUCCUUACUCACAUUGAGUAAUACCUGAUUCCACAAUUAGUCCCAUCCGUGAGAGUACUCGAGGAGUAAAGGUCUACUCAAUAUGAGUAAGGUAUCAAUAUCUGGCCCUUACACAGCACUGAUAAUUAAAAAGUACUUAACUAAGAAGUGUCUAAUAACAAAUUAGUUGAAUAGAUAAAAAUGGGCAUCUAUUAAUUUGCAAUAAACACAGAAUUUGCAAAAUUCCAGUAUUCUAUGACAACUGUUGUGUCAUACAGUAAUAAUUUAAUUAAUAUAUGAACCAUAGUAACACUUAAUCCUUAGUAUAUGCUUAAGGGCAUCCUGGUUCUAACUGCCUUAAUGUCUGUUAAUUAUCAUAUUUCUCUAGAGCCUUCAGUCUAGAGGGAAAGGGGUUAAUGCAUUUCUGAUUCCCAUCUAAUCUGUAGGAAGUAAUGUUAUAGUUACUAAGAAAAACAAGACGUUCUUGUACUGAAAAUACCAGACAUAGGAGUUACUUAUCUGGUUACUAUAACUCUAAUUGACAGUUUCAUUUUUCUAGGGUAUGUUUUAUUCCAUGGAGUGCUAUGAUAUUUGGGGUGGGGGUGGGGAAAUUAGAGCAGAAGUUAAAUUCAGUACAUAUUAGGACCCCCUGAAGGAUGGAUGUCAGCUGAAGUCCAUCAACAAUUUUUUUUUUGGGGGGGAGAGAAGAGUGAGAGUUAAAAAAAUACAAUAUAAGCCGUAGAAUAUCACUGGAAUGAGCAGUUUUGUAGCAUGACUAAAUUUGUCCACUUUUAAUAAAGUGAGAACAGUGAGCUGCUGUUCUGAGCUCAGUGUUUUCUUUCUUUAUUAAUGCAAUCCCUAAUUAUUUUUUGGGAGGGGGGGGACUAAAGUUCCUGCUUGUCUAUGCCUUUGCAGUCCAAAAAUGCGUGAAAUUCUCUGUUUUCAACUCCUGAGAUCUUUGCAAAUACUGAAGAAAAGCCGUAAAUUGGGCAAUGGUCAACUUUGGACAUUUGCCUCCCCCCACCUCUCCCCCCACACACAUUGCCAAGGAGUUUCUCCCCCAUAAAGAUUGAUGACAAUGCCACCCUGAAACAAACUGCUACUUUUCUCACUUGCUGCAGACAAAAAAAGGCGAAUACCCCACCCCCCACCCUUCUCCAGUUACUUUUCAUCAUUUUUUUUUCAUGAUCACAGAGAGAAGGUUUUUUGUGUCUGUUUUAAUAGGAAACAGACCUAUAUGUGCACCUAGCAAUUGGUCCAUUGUGGUUCAGUGCUUCCUUGUGGGCUUGCCAUUUCCAUGGCAACAUUCCUUCUGUGCAAGGCAUUCUGGGGAUAUGCAUCAGUCCCCAAGCCUGUAGAGAAGGUGGGAUAGGGAGCAGGCAGGGAAUGGAAAGUAAUUUAAGGUGGACUUAUUUUGAACUCAGGUGCUCUUUGCUUUUCCUCCCUUUGCCUUCCGGCCCAUGCCCAUUUCUUCUUCCUUCUCUUUCCUUUAUUACCUCCAUCAGAUUUCUUUCCAUUCAGUCAUUCCCCACAUACUGCUGUUUCUCUCCUUCCUACCUCCUGCUCACUUUAUUUGUGCUGAAAAGGUUCCUCCUGAUUCUAUAUACUGUGCUCUUCUACCUUCUCUGUGCCCCUCUGCAUGACCAGCAUCACAGAGAGGUUCCUGCUAGAUAAUCCUUCCUGGGGCACUUCUGAGUAGUCAGGACCUGGCAUGAGUAGAGCUGUGGAUCUCUGAGGUACCAUUCAUGGGCAGGGCUCUUAAGCCAAGAGAGCAGACCCUAAUGGUGGAAUGAAACAGAAGAAUUUCCAUCAUGUGUCAAGAUUAAGGUGUAUGAGGACAGAAGCAUAAACUAUGGGGAUAGUUUGCACUUGUGGUUUUGGUUGUGAUAUGUCCAUCUUUUAACCUUAAAUGCAGAGUAAAUGAAAAGCAGUCUCAAUUAGUCGUGUUUUUCCCCUGACUGCGACACCUCCACUCGCUCAACUUUAUCCCACUGAAGAACUUUGCCUAGGACAAAUAAUUGUUUUGCUCUUUGAAGGUUUAGCAGGAUGUGCCAACUUCUUCCAAAAGAUAAAUGGCCAUGGAGUUUUUGGGUGAGCGGGGGUUGGUUGGGCUAUCAAACUGCCCCAACUUUCUUCUUCCCCCUGCAAAUCAUUUCCUUUCUCAAAAGCUUCUCAGUAUGAUGAAAGGCCUGUCUCUGCUCAUCCUGCAGCUCACAGAAUCAUAGAGAGAUGGAAAAGACCUAUAAGGACCUCUAGUAUCCAUUCUGCAGAAUGGUUCCCUGCCAUACUGCUGACUCCUUAAAUCACUUAACAGUGUUGGGGAAAAGGAAGGGAGAGGCUGAGCCUGCAAAAUGUUGAGCAGCUCCUGCAGGGUGCUGAGUACUCUGAACUCCCACUGAAGUCUGUCUAAUCAUUGUUUUUCUAUCUGAGCUAUAUCAAGACUUCACAGAACUGGGUCCUAAAUGUGCAGAGAAACACACAUGUCAUGCACCAACGCUGCAGGGGGAAGUGACCUUUCUUCAGAGACUCCCCAUCCCAGAGAUGCCACAGGGAAAUGUCUUUGAGCCUCACUUUAAAUACCUCAGUUAAAUACCUACAGUUCCAAGUAAGUCUUUGUCUCACCCUCCUUUCUGGGGAGGUCUUCCAAGAUCCUCGUAUUUUCUUUUCUACUUUCCCUGGUAAUAGGGAAACCUCUUCUGGCCGAGGAGGUUUUGCACCUAGUUCUCUCCCAACCCCACAGCUCUGAAUUCUCCCUUGUAAAUGUUGGCACUCCAGUGACAUCUUCCACCACCAGGAGUUGAGCAUUCUGCAUUACCCCCUCUUCUGAUGGAAAAUUGAAUAGCCAGAGGUUAAAGUACCUUCCUAAAGGAGGCUAUAACUUGUAAAUGUUUGUCAUUGUAAUACAACUCGUAGCAAAUCACUCCCUGAAGCUCAGCAAGGUGGAGAGCUACCUUUGGCUGCUUGGUCCGAGAUGGAGUGUGCACUAAUGUUCUCCAGCUUAUAUUAGUGACUGUAAACAGACCACCAGAAAACUUGUUCAUGUGAGGCACCUGAUUGUAACCCUUUCCUGACUUAACGAUGGGAAAUCUUCAGCCUGGUAAGAGGUGAAUUUUGAGGGCUGGGCUUCCAUACCCACUGGGCAAACUUUCCAACUAUCUAUGGAAUUUCAGUAUUGCCUUUUAGUCAGUGAAUAAACCUUAUUGCUGCAAAUGACAGGUUUUUUGUUUUGUUUAGUAUUUUUUUAAAUCUAAUACUUUGCUUCUGCACAGCUUUAGAGAUGCAAUGAAUUUUCUGCUUUGCACCACAUUAAAUAU